CUGUACGUAUUUCUUUGAUUUCCACCCCUCACUCUCUAAUUCAUCCCCUCUUUCCUUCUCUGUCUAUCUUCUAGCCUUCCGAUUUUUAUUUCUUUCCACUUUCAAUGUUUCAAACAAACAUAAAAGCACACGAAUACAUCAACAAACAAGCAAUCACGGGAGAGUACGCAUAAGCUUAUGUUCGCAAGCUUGCAUAUAUAUACAUAUAUAUAAAUCAAACUAUCUUUAUUACAACAGCAUUUCAUCCAUAGAAAGAGACAGAAAGGUAACUAAACAGGUCUUUCAGUGAUAAACCAAUAGUUCCUCAGACAAUUGCAACCUCUCCAAGAUAAUGGUAUCCACAUCAACAAUGAUGAUGGGUCUCAUGCUGUUUUUAGAAAUAUGUCUAUGCAUUUUGGGAGUCGUAGCUACAGAAGAAAGAUCAAUCGAUCAAAUAAUUGCAGACGCUUCCGAAUCAAGCAGAGAGAUAGGUUUUAUAUACGAUUCAAGCAACGGAAUUGUGAAAACCGAAAUGGAUAUGAUGUUUACUAUUGAUGUUUGGCGAGAUCUCAUGCAGAGAAACAACACUCGAGGUAAACGGAAGGCCAUCCGUCCUUUAAUGUUUCGCUGGAAAACCAAGGACAUUCCUUACACCUAUGGAGAUUACUUUACUAAAGAACAGAAGCUUGAAGUUCAGAGUGCUAUGGACGAUUGGAAUGCAUUAACGUGUAUUAAUUUCCGGAAAGCUAAUAGUCAAGAUAAACACAAGAUUUCCUUCAGAAACGGUAUGGGGUGUAGUUCUUUCAUCGGAAUGCAACCCACAUCCCAAGACGUUUUACUUGCAAAGAAUUGCCGAGUGAAAACCAUUAUAUUGCAUGAACUUGGUCAUGCUAUCGGCCUUUUCCAUGAGCAGACCCGAAUCGACCGUGAUAACUAUGUUUCCAUCAUAAAAGAAAACGUCAUCGACAGACUUUUCUACAAUUUUGAGAAACGAACGAACAGAGCUAUGAACAUGUAUGAUAUUAACUACGACUAUAGAAGUAUAAUGCAUUAUGGCUCCUACGAAUUCUCUGUGAAUGGAGAAAGGACUAUUAAAACUAAAGAUAAACGUUAUCAGGAUAUUAUUGGAAAAGCUAAAAUUCUUAGUUUUAAUGACGUUAAACUUGUCAACACAAUGUAUAAAUGUUCAGGAAAUUGUCCGAAAAAGUCUUGUCCCAGAAAUGGUUUUGUGGCAAAGGACUGUGAAUGUUACUGCGCAGACUCAAAGAAGUCUAUACGAAAAUGUUCAGAUACAAGUGGUGAUGGAGGUGUAACUGAACCUACAGAAGAAAAGAUUUGUAGAGACAACCAUAGGUCAUGUGCGGUAUGGGCUCAGAUGAACGAGUGUAAACUGAAUCCUGUAUACAUGUUAACUAACUGUAAAAAAUCCUGUGAUAAAUGCAAAGGUGGAAAAAAUGAAACGGUCGAAGAUUGUAAAGAUAAUAACACAGACUGUAAAUAUUGGGCAGGACUUGGAGAAUGCAGUAAAAACCCUGUGUAUAUGUUAGUACACUGUAAAUUAUCCUGUAAGCAGUGCAAUGGUACAGAAGUUGAGGAAAAGUGUGACGACAGUAACACUAUGUGUCCAGUCUGGGCCAAAGCAGGCCAUUGCAAGAUUAAUGCUGCUUAUAUGUUGAAGAAUUGCAAGAAGUCCUGCUCAGAGUGCACCAGUGGAGGUACAGAGGACAAAAAGGAUGAUAAAGUUGAGGAAAAGUGUAACGACAGUAAUGCUAUGUGUCCAGUCUGGGCCAAAGCAGGCCAUUGCAAGCUUAAUGCUGCUUAUAUGUUGAAGAAUUGCAAGAAGUCCUGCUCAGUGUGCACCAGUGGAGGUAAAGCGGAUGAAACGGUUGAUAUAGAUUGUCUGGAUGGAAACACGCACUGUAAAGAUUGGGCAGAAAGUGGAGAAUGUCACAGGAACCCAGGCUAUAUGCUAAAUAACUGCAAAAAAUCCUGUAAUAAUUGUGGACAGAAUAGCCAAUCCUAUGGUGCUGAACCUUGUGCAGAUGAGAAUAGCAAAUGUGGAGCUUGGGCCAAGAUGGGUGAAUGUAAAUCAAACCCAGAUUAUAUGCUUUUCUACUGCAAGAAGUCAUGUCAAGUUUGUGAGUGAAGCAAAUCUGUUGACAGUUAAAUAACAUUUGCAAUUUCAGUAUCUU